ACCUCAGCGCUAUAUAGACUUCACUCGGUGAUACAAAAAGGUUGCACGCAAUCUCUGCCACGUACCCAUCUCUUGCCACCUCGACGAAGGCUUCGUUUUCGACUGUGAGAUGUCUUCCGUAAGCUACCUUCCUGGACACUUUGAAGCCCUGGCGUGGCGUCCCUUGCAAUUUGUGGAUCUUCCAUCGACGAUAUCGUGUGACUUAUGCGCCGUCGUUCCUCAGAAUAUCGUGAGGCUGGAAUGUUUCCAUUCUCUUUGUGAGGACUGUUAUCGCAGCAUCCUUCGAACCACCCGACAGUGUCCGGUCGACCAGCAAGGGUUUCUUGAAAGUGAAGUGCAAACAUUCCCCAUUAGAAUGACGCGUCUGCACAAACUGCAUGUUCGCUGCUGCAACUUCAACCAUGGAUGUAAUUUCGUCGGAUCGCUGGAACGGAUGAAAUCUCACUUCUUGAAGGACUGCGAGUUUCAUCCACUAACAUGUAAGAAGUGUCGUGCAACCAUACCCCUUAAAGACAUCAUCACCCAUUACAUGGAAGAACAGUGCGGGGCUCAAAAUACUUCCUGUCCGAGCGACGAUGUUUGUAUUGACACGAGCGUCAUCGGGAUUGGAAGACAGAUCAACUCCUCACUAUCAGAUAUAGCGGAUAAGCUACGUGCUAUUGAAGACCAAUUAAAUAUCCAUGCUGUGGGGAUCGACAGUACGAAAGAGUGCGUCGUGAAUUAUGCUCAAGUACUCCGCACGAUUCAAGACGAACAUAGGCUCUCCACAGAAGGUGUAUCAAACUUGGCCUCUACCCUGCAUACAGUUACGGAAGCGCUAUCUUCUAUUGAAGACCAAUUUAGCAACGAAGUUGGACGUGACGCAGAGGUUCAGAAUAUCGUCACUUCAAACCGGGAGAGGCUGACUGCUCUGAUCGAAUUACAAAAAGAAGUAGCUCAGAACGUAGUGAGAUCUGGUGAAGGGCAGAAACAAUGCUCCGAAACUCUUGAGGGGAUGUCGAAACGUAUGCAAGAUCAUUCGUCGUCAACCGACGACAGACUGAGCAGCAUGAAAGAUAUCCUCCGAACUCUGAGGGAUUCAAAUGGAUACGGAGGCAACGUUGCCUUUUUUCACGUCCAAGACGUCGACGAGCUUAAGAAGAAAGCAAAUGACGGUGAGACUGCCGACACCUACUCUGAUGUUUUUGCGUUGUGUGGCUACUCCGUAAAGUUCAGUGUGAAAUUCAAACAAUAUGAUGGCAUCAUGUACAUAGGUGCUUUUCUCCAUAUUUGUCGUGGCACCAAAGACUCUCUCUUGAAAUGGCCCUUCUUAUUUCCCUAUACGCUCACCUUGGUGCAUCCAUCUGACGAGAAAAAGAAUAUUCGGCAUUGUAUUGAUGUACCAAAAGCGUUUAAAAACGUACCUCGUUGUUUCAAUAGGCCUGUUGAAAGUUCAAAUUACGGCUUCGGCUUCCCGAAAUUGUGCAAACUGGAAGAUGCAGUGAAUGGCGGUUUUGUUCACGACAACUCAAUUACUGUUUGCGUUACCGUCGUCAUGAGCGGUAUGUGACUCAACGUAUGAGCCCACAAGCACCAGCUUGCUUGUCUAUUAACCGCCAUGAUGUGUAGGAUCACUGCAGGAAUUUAAAAACCUGAUGUAGGUGUGUACACUAAAUACAUAGUGUCUACUCCAACUGUGGUCAGAAUUGUGUUUUUUUAAUCAUGGCAAUCGUAUCUCUUUCUUUCUGUUUUCAAUAACUAAUCGGCGAUAAAUUCUUCGUUAAGCCCGCCCCCUUAAAGGGACUAUGAAAUUUCCCGAACCCCCAUACUUUUUUCGAUGGAAACUGUUCUUCCCGCAGAGAAACUAAUAUGCCACAAAUUUUUCCGGACGAAAUCGCUCCACUCUGCGAGGAGCGCGCGCUGGAAAUGUCUCUUCCGCGUUCCUCCUCUCCCGCGCAUAUUUCCCUGUCGACGGUGUAACUGUACGGGCCGCACUUCGGUUCCCCGUUACGUCACCAGUGUUGCACAAUAGCAAGUAAUGCCGCGAGCUUGCGCUGUGGCUGCCGCCACUGCCGAAAUCUGCCGAUCGUGCGAAAGCUGCUGUCAUGGAGAUUUCCACUCCCGAUGAACGCAUACGCGGGAUCCUACGGCGCAUGCUCCUGGCGGGAUUCCUCGGCUCGGCAACACGUCACGAUGACGUGUUGCUGAGCCGGCCGCGGUCGCGUCAAGUUGCCCGUUGUGUCUCCGCUAGGUUUAGGUUUAGGAACGGUCCCUUGAUAGCUUUCCCCUGAGCUGAAAAGCCCCAGUUCCAUGAGCAAUUUUCUUUCAGAUUCUCUCCAUAAAAGCACUGAGUUCGUUGUUGGUGUCUACGGCAAACGCCUUCUUUUUACGGGGUUGUUUCCCGGGCAUCGUUGUCUGACAGAACGGCUUCGCAGUUCAGAUCGGCUUCGCGUGCUCAGAUACGACGGCAGCCGUCGAAUAUGCGCGGCACUGCAUUGACUUUGCACGCAAGCUUUGACUUUCCACGCUUGUGCAGCACUUUAUCGCCGUUGAUGACGAGUUCGUCGUGCCAUACGACAUCGCCGUGGUCAAAGUGCUUCUCGCAGACACGUGUGUGUGGAGAGUCGAAACUGAACUGCCCACCAUCAAUGCGAUGGAUGGCACGUUUCCACUUCUCACGCUUGUCAGAAUUCGCAUGAAAAGCGAACAUGUACACCCCCUUGCCACCCCCGAAUACCCAGAGCGACAUUUGGUAACACAGCAUGUCUCUGGCAUGCUGCUAGCACACGGUUACAACGCGACAACAGCCGAAAAACGUGUACUGCAAUGGGAGACUCAGGCGUCUCUCUCCCGCGUUCCGAUGGCAGCGCCACCACGCGGGCGCUCCGGUCCCUGGGCAAAGCUUCCCCAUAGAGUUACGGAGAAGCUGCGUGACCAGGAAGCUAUCAAGGGACCGUGGUUUAGGUUUAGGCUUGCCUAAUCCUAAGCAGCCUAAUCGGCAGCUCGCCACGGCGCGGCGCUAGCUGUCCUCCCUUCGCCGCUCCGUUUAAAUUCGCUCCCGAGAAAUCCGCUCGCGCGACGAAAGUAAAAUUUCAGUUCUAGACUCAGAAAAAUGUCUUCCUUCGAACGAAACGAAGAAAAAAAUCGUUUCAUAGUCCCUUUAAGACGCACUAGCUACCCCCUGAAGCAUUCCCCCAACUAAUAUUCAAUAAUGAACUUUUUGUUUACGAAAGAUGGAAGUUCGGCCCAAUGACAAUAUAUGUUCCCUUGCUCCUCCGAUGCCGUUUUCAGAAAAAGGAUCGAACCAAAAGUUGGAAGGAACGGCCCGGGAAAAGCGACAGAUUUGGAGGCCAAGUUUGUCGUUCCAACAGAAUUGCGCUCUUCUCUUGCCUCUAAUUCUGAGAGAGAACAAGCGGCAACCCUUGAUCUCCUUCGCAUUUGUGGGGAAAGUAGAAACAAACUCCUGGGGAGAUCCCCCUUUGAAGCAGCCUUUCUUAUUGGUAGGCAAGCCUAUCUUGGUUCACACAACUGAGGAGAACAAGGAUAACAUUACAGUGGAGCAGGCAAUUAAACAUAGAAGGACAAGGAACACAACACAAUCAUCACAAAGCCCAGGUGCAUACUACACAAUACAUGGGGUGCCAUGCUUCGCCUGGCGCAGCGCAAAGCGCCUGGGGUGAGGUGGUGUUUCAUACGGUCGGUGUCAAGGUGCGUUCUCACAAUGCCGAUCGGCUUUCUCGGUGCGCCUAUGCCUCACUAUGUCGAUCGGCAUAGUAAGGACGCACCUUUAGGAUGCAACACUUUGAGACAGGACCACCAGUGCAUUGGACGCAGGAGCCGUUCGAGCCGUGGUGGGAUGAAGACAUUGAUUGUGAAGUUUGGAUGAUAAAAAUGCAUUGGUAAACCCUAAUGAAAAGAAGAAAAAAAUACUUUGUGGCGUGUUGUGCAAUUUGCCCAAAUAAAGCAAUAUUAGGAAAUG